AUGGCCAAGAACCCGGCAAAGUCCAGCCCCGCCGAGGCCACCGGCGUGCAACGAGUGACUGAGCUCAUGAAGCGCGGAAGGGAGCUCGUUGACGAUCCCAACGACCAUGAAUGGGCCAACACGCUCGUGCCGUACCUCGAAGUCGUAUCCGCCGACGCAACGCUACCACAUCCGCGCGUCGUGUUCCGGUACACGGUCCAGCCGUCGCACUGCAACCGGCUAGGCAGCCUCCACGGCGGGUGCAUCGCGACGCUGUUCGACUACUGCACGUCGACCGCCAUAGCGCUCGUCUCCGAACCAGGACACUGGCACUACCUGGGGGUCAGCCGGACGCUCAACGUGACGUACCUGCGGCCGGCGCCUUCGGGGGCGACGGUGCUGAUCGAGGCCGAGGUGGUGCACGCGGGCAAGCGGCUGUGCUCGCUGCGGGGCGCGAUUCGGCGGGCCGACGACGGCGCGCUGGUGGCGACGUGCGAGCAUGGCAAGUUCAACACGGAUCCCCCGGUUGGCAGUAAGAUAUGA